UAAACAGGUAGCAUCACCUUGAGCUCUCGUCUUCAUUGGGACAAAGACUCACCUGAUUUGCCACUGAGUUCAUUUCUCCGCCUGCCGUCGUGUUGGGAAUCCGGUUUCCCGCCUCAAGAUGGUCUCCCUCCUGGCUUUCGGUGGCGAAAAUCUUAAAGGGCGUCGUUCAGCUGGAGAGAGAAGAGAAGGACGUGCUUGAGAACUGACGCAGUAUCCAGUGGAUCAAUCAAGUAACAGAUUUGGGCCGGUUGGAGGGGAGUGACCGUGAUGUCAUCUGAGAGCUAGGUUGAGCCCCGUCGGCACACAAGACACAGACGGGACACACAGCAGACGAUGGAUGACCAGGGCCUGUCAGAUGAGGAGAAGAAAAGCAGCCCAUUCAGUGAUGAGCUUCAGGUCAUGGAGAUUCAACAUGAACAUGGAGCUGAAAUCCAGAGGGAGAAAAACAAGGAGACUAGGAGGAGGAGACGAGUCAAACCUACAGAUGGAGCCCAACCAGUGAACAUCUCAGUUGUUGAGAAGGACAGAGACAAGCGUCUUGAAGAGCCACGGGGCCCUGGACCCUUUUUCUUCUUUGGUGGAAAAAAUGGGGCCUCCAUAGUUGUUUCAUAUUGUGAGAGUCGAGGCUGGCAGCGCAUUUAUGACAAGACCAGGACGGACUACAAGCUCAAGUGGUGUGAAACUAAAUCACCUGCUACCUACUACCGCUUCAGAGCAGGUUACCAGUUGCUUUACCAGAUACCAAACAAUAAGGUCUUGACCACCAAGAUAGGCCUUCUGAACAGCCUGCGGGAGUACGACAGAGUCAACAGUAAGGUCAACUAUGGACAUGGAAACAGGAGAAUGAAGCUUGAAGAUUUUUGCCCGGUUACUUUCCGUAUGGAUAUGAAAGAUGAGAGAGAGGCAUUUUUUAAUGAAUCAAGCAGUGAUAAAUACAGCAUGUGGAUCUGUAAGCCGACUGGUCUCAACCAGGGCCGUGGUAUUUUCCUUCUGCGACCAGAAGACAUAACAGCUUACAGAGAAAAACUGCAGAACACAACAGAGCAGCAGUCCAACAGGAAGUCCAACAGAAAGUCACCUUUCAAUGCGCCACAAGCUCGGAUUGUUCAGCAGUAUAUCCAAAACCCUUUGCUACUAAAAGGCCGGAAAUUUGAUGUGAGGUCAUAUUUUCUGAUUGCCAGCACCCAGCCAUACAUGGUGUUUUUUCGUCAUGGUUACAUCCGACUGACAUGUAACCCUUAUGACCCAAACUCUGACAACAUUACAGCACACUUGACCAAUCAAUACAUGCAGAAGAAAAAUCCUCUCUACAGCUAUCUAAAAGAGGAGACCGUUUGGUCCAUGGAGCACUUCAAUGCCUACAUCAAUGAGACAUACAUGCUACCAAAAGGUCUCCCCAAAGAUUGGGCACUGGGCCCUUUUACAAAAAGAAUGCAACAUAUUAUCAUGCACUGCUUUCAAGCUGUCAAAGCCAAGCUGGAUUGCAAACUUGGUUACUUUGACCUAAUUGGCUGCGACUUCUUGAUUGACGAGGAUUUCAAGGUCUGGUUGCUAGAGAUGAAUUGUAACCCUGCCCUGCAUACUAACUGUGAAGUAUUGAAAGAUGUGAUACCACAGACAGUCACUGAGACUCUGGACCUUUCGUUGGAAAUCUUCAAUAAGUCUUGCUGUGGACUAAAACUGCUACCUUUACGGAGUCAAAAAGACUUUCUGUUGCUAUACAGUAGUGAGACUGUGACCUUAACCAAACAGAGACAUAAAACCACAGUGCCCUUCUCAACCCUCCACCCAAAAAGCACCUCCACCCACAAAAACUCUGCCUUAGCAACACAAACAGGGAAAUCAACCAAUAGAGGCAGCAAGAGCUUUGACACGCAAACCAAAUGUUCUGUCCCAUACACCAGCAUCCUCUCUUCCUCUUUGUCCAAUACUAGUCCACUUCUACAACAACCUGUGGGCUUACCAAUAAAACACCAAUCAGCUACAGCAGUUGUAUCCCAGAAACCUCUUUUAAAAGUUCAUGAAAUGAAGCAGCCCAAACCAGUCCGUGUGGAGCUGCAGCUCAGCAAGUGCAUAUCCAAUGUAAGUGUUCUUCCACAGCCAUUGAAAAGUGUAACACUAGCCAUAAAUAAAGGCCCAAACUCUUCACCGAAAGCUGGAGCUCAGAGUCGACAGACUGACAACAUGGAGCAUUUGAGCUGCAACCUGAAGAUGACCAAGAUUCAUUUGGCUGAGCCAGACUUCCUUAAACUGCAGGGACAUGAAGAAAGAACCUAAAGAAAAAGAACAGGAAGAGGAUGGAUGACAACUGUGCUAAAAUUUAAUAAAAAUAAAAAUAGUUCAUUCUUAGGAGAA